AUGUUGCCUGUCGGUGUCCAGAGUGGCUCGUCCUUACCAAAUUUUGGUAAGCCUAUCAAGCCAAUCAACGAUCUAGAUGAUGGGGAGUUUAAACAGGAAGAGGCUGAACUUCGCUGCCAAUUGGCGUCUCUGUACCGGCUCGUGGAUUUGUUCCAAUGGAGUCAAGGGAUUUACAACCACAUGACGGUGCGUCUUCCUGGUGACAAUCCCGAGAUCUUGAUCAAUCCAUUCGGCUUGCUUUAUCAUGAACAAACUGCCAGCACACUUGUGAAAGUAGAUCUCGAUGGAAAAGUGCUUCAUCCUGGAAGCACAAAUUUGGGCAUCAAUCAGGCGGGCUACACUCUCCACUCCGCUAUUCAUGGAGCUCGAAAGGAUCUGCUUUGCGUGAUUCAUCUGCACACGCCCGCAGUGGCGGCAGUCUCCGCGAUGAAGUGCGGUCUACUGCCUUUGUGUCAAGAAUCCAUGAUUGUGGGACCAGUUGCCUAUCACGAGUAUCAGGGCAUUCUGGUCGACCUUAAAGAGAGGGAUUCACUUGUGAAGGAUAUGGGCUCGCGUAAUGUGAUGAUCUUGAAGAAUCACGGCUUCGUCGUUGGUGGAGAAACUAUUGAAGAAGCGUUUCACCUGACCUACCAUCUGAUUCUGGCAUGUCAGACACAGGUGCAAGCGAUGAGAUGCGGAAGUAUGGAGGCACUAAAUUUACCCUCGGAGGAAAGCGCACGAAGAGCAUUUGAAACUGCUGCUCGUGGAGGCGGUGGUGUGAAUCGAAAAGACGGUAUCAUCGACAUGCAGUGGGGAUUGGGUGAGCUGGAGUGGCAAGCAUGGAUGAGGACCCUUGACGAAAUGGGCAUGCAAACUGGCUACAAACACCGGCCCCUGUAA